AUGGAAGACUAUGAGACCAUGUUUGAAAGUAUAGAUUUAGGAGAAGAUAAUGUUUACAAUAUAAUAAAAAAAAGUGAUGAAAUAAAAAUAAAAAAUAUUUUAUAUAAAUCAAUACAUAACCCCAAUUUAAUGCCAAGUUAUUCUACAUUCAAUUUAAGAGGGAAAAGAUAUAGUAUUGCAAAUGUGUCAGGAGUAUUAAUAAAAAAAGUUGAAAAACAAAAAAAAGUAAAAGAUUUACAAAAGACUUAUGAAAAAAAAGUAUUAAAAAAAGGAGAGAAAAAUACAAUCAUAGCACCCCUUAGUGAAAUAAAAAAAACAAACCCAUCAUUAUUAACUGUUAAGAUAAAAAAGAAAAUAUAUAAAGAUAAACUACCAGAUAUAAAUGAUAUACCUUUAAUGAAUAUAACUGCUGAUGUAGAUUAUGUAUAUGAUAAUGCUGUAGAAGUAAUUAAUGCUAAACCAGUUGAAAAAAAAAAAAAAAUAGGAAAAGUUUUAUUAGAUGAAGAUCCAUUACUUAAAGAAGAUUAUGGCAAAAUUAGUCCUUAUCUUAUAAAAAUGAAAGAAGAAUUAAAAGAAAAACAAAAUUUAAAAAAACAAGAUAUAAUUGAUGAAGAAAAAAUAGCUAAAGAAUUAGAAAUAAAAAAACAAGAUUUAUUAAUACACCUUAAAAAUAAAUUUGAUGAAAUUAAUAAAGAGUAUAUGAAAAUAUCACAUGUUGUUGAUGUUAAUUCUGUUGUAAAAUUGAAAAAAAAAGAAAAUUAUGAGAAACAAUUAAAUCAAUUAGAAAAGGACAUACAAAAAUUAGAGAAAUCGGACUUUUAA